GCUUCUUACUUUAGAGAGAGUGUAUCCUAAAAAUUCAAAAUUAUCAAAACCCCUGCACUUCACUUCCACAAAUCCCAACUCAGCAGAAAACUCUUCUGUUUUCACUUCUCCACUCGCUCGCAAAACUCAGUGACUCACCAAUUCACAGGUUUCUAAAACUCGGAAACCCUAUUUCCAACUGAAUUUCAAUUCAAUUUUUCACUUACCCGCAUUUUAGGGAUUUCAAUCUCCAAAAAUGUACAUAAAGGAGAUAUGCUUAGAAGGAUUCAAAUCAUACGCAACACGGACGGUUAUCCAGGGUUUCGAUCCUUUCUUUAACGCAAUUACUGGUUUAAACGGCUCAGGAAAAUCGAAUGUUCUCGAUUCAAUUUGUUUUGUGUUAGGUAUAACUAAUUUGCAACAGGUUCGUGCUGCGAAUCUCCAGGAGUUAGUGUACAAGCAAGGUCAAGCUGGUAUCACUAAGGCUACUGUGUCCAUCGUGUUUGAUAAUGCCGAUCGGAGUAGGAGUCCCCUCAGUUAUGAAGGUCAUUCAGAGAUUACAGUUACAAGACAGAUUGUUGUUGGUGGAAGGAACAAGUAUCUGAUAAACGGAAAGCUUGCGCAGCCUAGUCAAGUUCAAAACCUAUUUCAUUCAGUGCAAUUGAAUGUUAAUAAUCCGCAUUUUCUCAUUAUGCAAGGACGUAUCACGAAAGUUUUAAAUAUGAAGCCUCCUGAGAUUCUGUCCAUGCUGGAAGAGGCUGCCGGGACUAGAAUGUAUGAGAAUAAGAAAGACGCUGCGUUGAAAACACUUGAGAAGAAACAAAGCAAGGUUGAUGAGAUUAAUAAGCUUCUUGACCAGGAAAUACUUCCUGCUCUUGAGAAGCUAAGGAAGGAAAGGAUGCAGUACAUGCAGUGGGCUAAUGGAAAUGCAGAACUUGACCGGCUUAAAAGGUUUUGUAUUGCUUAUGAGUAUGUUCAAGCAGAGAAGAUUAGAGAUACUGCUGUUGGUGAGGUGGAACAAGUAAAGGGCAAGAUUUUAGAGAUUAACGAUGAGACAGAAAGGAUAGAGGUGGAAAUAAAGGAAAUGGAGACAAAAGUAUCACAAUUGACUGCUGAAAAGGAAGCUAGUAUGGGUGGGGAGGUCAAAACAUUGUCCGACGAAGUAGAUGUGCUGUCUCAAGAACUCGUGCGUGAAACUUCAGCGUUUAAUAAUAAGGAAGACACUUUAAAAAGUGAAAAUGAGAGUGCUGAAAAGAUUGUCUCCAGCAUUGAGGACUUGAAGCAAUCCUUGGAAGAGAGAGCUAACGCUGUUAGAAAGUCUGAAGAAGGAGCAGCUCAACUCAAAAAAAGAGUUGACGAGCUCUCUAAGAGUUUGGAAGAACAUGAGAAGGAUUACCAAGGUGUCUUAGCUGGUAAGAGCAGUGGGAACGAGGAGAAAUGCCUUGAAGAUCAACUAGCUGAAGCGAAAGUUGCUGUAGGAAAUGUGGAAACAGAGAUGAAACAGCUGAAAACAAAGAUUAGCCACUGCCAAAAAGAGCUGAAGGAGAAAAAUCAUCAGUUAAUCUCAAAGCGUGAGGAAGCAAUUUCUGUUGAGAAUGAAUUAAAGGCUCGAAGUGAAGAUGUGGAAAAAGUUAAAUUGGCACUGGAAUCUCUACCAAAUACAGACAGCCAGAUGGAAGCUUUGCAAAAGGAUCGCUCAUCAGAGAUGGAGUUGGUGCAGAAGUUGAAAGACAAAAUCCGAGAUCUUUCAGCCCGAUCAUCAAAUGUUCAGUUCACAUAUCGUGAUCCUGCGAAAAACUUUGAUAGAUCAACAGUAAAAGGCGUCGUAGCAAAACUUAUCAAAGUAAAGGAUGGCUCCACAGCAACUGCCUUAGAGGUUACUGCUGGUGGAAAGUUAUAUAAUGUUGUUGUAGACACUGAAAAUACCGGAAAGCAACUUCUUCAAAAUGGUGAUCUCCGAAGAAGAGUAACAAUUAUUCCGUUGAAUAAAAUUCAACCUCAUAGAGUACCCCAAAGAGUUCAGCUGGCUGCCACUAGAUUGGUUGGCAAGGAGAACGCAGAACUGGCACUUUCUUUAGUUGGUUACGAUGAGGAUUUAAGAACUGCUAUGGAAUUUGUUUUUGGUUCAACAUUUGUUUGCAAAACAGUUGAUGCUGCUAAAGAGAUUGCGUUUAAUCGAGACAUUCGCACUCCCAGUGUUACUCUUGAAGGCGAUAUCUUUCAACCAAGUGGUCUUUUGACUGGUGGAAGCCGCAAGGGUGGUGGUGAUCUGUUAAGGCUACUUCAUGAAUCGGCAGACGCUGAAUCAAAUCUUUCACUUCAUCAGAAAAGAUUAUUUGAUAUUGAAGCAAAGAUUACGGAGCUUCUUCCUCUUUAUAAAAAGUUCAUGGACCUUAAGAAACAGCUAGAACUUAAGCAGUAUGACCUAUCAUUAUUUCAGGGGAGGGCUGAGCAAAAUGAGCAUCAUAAGCUUGGCGAAUUAGUGAGGAAGAUUGAGCAGGAGCUUAAAGAAGCAAAUUCUACAGCCAAAGAAAAGCAAAUUCUGUAUGAUGAAUGUGUUAGUACAGUAUCAAUGCUUGAGAAAUCUAUUAAAGAUCAUGAUAAUAAUCGAGAGGGCAGACUCAAGGACAUGGAGAAGAAAAUUAAGGCUAUCAAAGCUCAACUGCAGUCGGGCUCAAAAAAUCUCAAGGGGCAUGAAAAUGAAAGAGAGAGACUCAUUAUGGAACAAGAAGCAGUCAGUAAAGAGCAGGCUUCUUUGGAGAGCCAAUUAGCUUCCUUUAGAACACAAAUUGACCAUCUAAAUCUUGAAGUAGAAAAACAGAAAGCCAAGGUUUCUUCCAUACGUAAUACUCAUGACCAAGCUCAGUCUAACCUCAAUAUGGUACGCUUGAAGAUGAAAGAAUGUGAUUCUCAAAUUAGUAGCAUCCUUAAAGAGCAGCAAAAAUUGCAACAUAAAGUUAGUGAGAUAAAGCUUGAGAGGAAGAAGCUAGAGAAUGAGGUAAAAAGAAUGGAAAUGGAACAGAAAGAUUGCUCUACAAAAGUGGACAAAUUGAUUGAGAAGCAUGCAUGGAUUGCAUCUGAGAAACAACUAUUUGGAAGAAGUGGAACGGAUUAUGAUUUUCAGUCCCGCGAUCCUUUAGAAGCUAGGGACGAACUUGACAAAUUGCAAGCUGAGCAAUCAGGGCUUGAGAAAAGGGUGAACAAGAAGGUAAUGGCAAUGUUUGAGAAAGCAGAAGAUGAAUACAAUGACUUAAUGGCAAAAAAAAACAUUAUUGAGAAUGACAAGUCAAAAAUCAAGAAAGUCAUUGAAGAGCUCGAUGAGAAGAAGAAGGAAACACUUAAAGUUACUUGGGUUAAAGUUAACAGUGACUUUGGGUCCAUCUUUUCUACCCUAUUGCCUGGAACCAUGGCAAAGCUAGAACCUCCUGAAGGUUGCAGUUUCCUGGAUGGUCUUGAGGUUCGUGUUGCAUUUGGAAGUGUUUGGAAACAGUCCUUGUCAGAAUUAAGUGGAGGUCAACGUUCUCUGCUUGCCCUUUCUCUAAUAUUGGCAUUACUUCUCUUCAAGCCAGCUCCGCUCUAUAUCCUGGAUGAGGUUGAUGCAGCCUUGGAUUUAAGCCACACACAGAACAUAGGGAGAAUGAUCAAGGCCCACUUCCCACAUUCUCAGUUCAUUGUUGUUUCACUGAAAGAAGGCAUGUUCAACAAUGCCAAUGUUCUUUUCCGAACUAAAUUUGUGGAUGGCGUUUCAACUAUCCAGAGGACUGUUGCCUCUAAGCAGAACAGAUGAUUGCUGCCAUUUCUCAGAUUGUUCGUUGCCCAUUUUGCCAGCUGAUUAGACGAGAGACUAUUUUCGUUGUAAAUACAGGACACGCUGAAGCUGAUCCAGAUCAAAUGCUAUUCUAUUCAUAUUUGUUUGACGACGAAAUGCUAAUUCUGCAAAUGUAUCUACCGAAGUUUUUACUUAGCAUAGUGUCGUAAUGCUAACGACUGUGAAACCAUUAAACUAUAUUCCAUCAACUUAUUUAUUGUGAUCAAGGUUGAGGUUAUAGUUGAGAUGAAAAACGUAACUAGUAGAUGAUAUGAAAUUACUAGUUUCAUUAA